GCAGUUCUUAGCAUCGUCGUCCACCCCAGCUGAACUUUUCAUCAUGCUGAGUGCAGUGUUCCUGGUAGUCAGUGUCUCCACACUGGCAACUUGUGUUCCAUAUUAUCAUCGGGACCCAUAUUACAAUCUACAUCCUCUCUACUAUCAACACCCGUACUUCAACCCAUACCCGGACUACCCUUACUACCACCAUGCUGGGUUGCGAGCUCCCCUGCCAGCCGUGUCUCCCCUGCCAGCCGUGCCUUCCCUGCCAGCCGUGCCUUCCCUGCCAGCCGUGCCUUCCCUACCAGCCCUGUCUUCCCUACCAGCCCUGUCUCCCCUGUCAGCCCUGUCUUCCCUACCAGCCCUGUCUCCCCUGCCAGCCCUUUCUUCCCUGCCAUUUGCGUCUCACCUGCCAUUUGUGUCUCCCCUGCCAGCGGUGUCUCCCCUGCCAGCCGUGUCUCCCCUGCCAGCCGUGUCUCCCCUGCUAACCGUGUCUCCCCUGUCAGCCCUGUCUCCCCUGCCAGCCCUGUCUCCCCUGCCAGCCCUGUCUCCCCUGCCAGCCGUGUCUCCCUUGCCAGCCCUGUCUCCCCUGCCAGCCGUGUCUCCCCUGCCAGCCCUGUCUCGCCAGGCGGUCGGUGUAAACUACGGCAGCAGGAUGUAUCAAGACACUCCAUAUUCAUUUGGACCAAGUAGAAGUUCCGAACUAGAAUGGAAUAUUCAAGAUUACGACGAUGAAGUCCCAGGCUUUAGGUUUUAUUGAUAUCCCGGGCAUGAACGUCAAUUGACAAGGCUAAGAUGUCAACUCCAACCUCCAUAGUCAGGAGUCGUUGGUGAACAUAUUGGUGUCAUCAUCAUAACUGUCCCUGUUUUAACGGAACAAAUCAGUUGGCCAACCUCAGGUUUGUAAAACGAUGGGAUUUUCGACAAUAAAUAUACACCAAUA